AUGAUUACUCAACAGCCUGACAAUUUUCCUACUUGUAUCUACUUUUGCCUAUUCUUUGGCUUCUUCUUUUGUUACCAAAUUGUUCUUCCAUUACCUGAAACGACAAUUCAUAAUGGCAAUCAAAAUUUGCAUGUGUCUUUGAGGCCUCCAGUUCAUGCAAGCCUGGCUGGUAACAUCAUACAACAAUAUUGGAAAGUUACACCUAACCACGAUAGUCACCAGCAACUCCAGAAGAAACGAAAAAGGAUGCAUUUUAAGGAACGGCAAAUAAUGAUUCCUCAAAAGCAAAAUAUUAACUACUUAACAGCUAAUAGCUCAAAUUUCUUGGUAUCAUCUAUAGUAACUCCGCUCAAAAGCGCCAUCAUAUUUCAAGAGAAUGUCCCCACAGUCAUGAGUAAUUAUAGUGAUAAUUUGAACCCUUCAUAUGGUUUCAGGCAUGUGGGGGCCAUUGACGUUCGCUUUGCUGACCUUUUUCGGAUAUUUGAUUCAAGCCUUCUUCAGAAUGAUAAAGAAGACAUUCAUGUUGAAUUUCAGCGCCGAAAUAGGCGCGCUCUCGCUUUACCGACUAAAUCAUCCGUGUUUACUUACAGUGGCCUAAGAUCAACUGGUACCGGAUUUGAGCUUUCAUCAUGGCGCCAUCAACGCAGGAUUGGUGUUCAACUUCACCUCUACAAAGUGACCGCUUACCGCUUGGAGGAUGAGGAUGAUAUGAAAAUGAACGGCGGCCCUGGUGAGCUGUUUCGCAGUUUCCUUGGAAAUAAUUCUUACUUGUUGGUGGAACCACAAUACCGUGGUCAGCCACGAACAAUCAACAAUCCAGAGGCAGUGUAUCGGGAUCUCUGCAAUCAGCUUUUGGACAACGAAACUAUGCGGAGCCCUGCAAAUACUUUUAUACUUACACUAGAUGCCGGUGCUUCAGAUGGACCUUCUACAAUCCGCAUGGUCAAGCUAUUUUUACACAUAAGCUCCUCACUCGGAGUGCCAAUUCUCACCUAUAUAACUGGAAAGAUAGGUCAUUUUCCCGUAAGGCUAUAA